AACCUGGCAGCGCUUGUCAUGAAUAAUGAACUAAAAAAAAUCAAACCGAUUUAGAGCGAAGAACGAACGUUUCAUGUAAAUUGACUAAAAUAAAUCAUCACACGAAGCGAAAUGGAAUUUUGCCCCGCACGAAAUGGAAUACCAAAACAGGAAGAACCAGAAAACAGUUCUGCAGCCUCUUUCCCAUCGUCCGCCCAAACAAUCGAUUCCCCAACCAAACUCGAAUAUGAGAUUUGUGAUGAGGAAUUUACACAGGAAGGUGAUCUUAAACUAGAAUAUCAGAUUUUUGAUGAGGAAUUCACUCAGAAAAGUGAUCAUGAAGACGUCUUAGUACCGAAAGAGGAACAGAUUUAUAGUUGCGAAAUUUGCGAGAAACAAUUUUCAUUGAAGAAUGCCCUGAAGAAGCACAUGAUCGUUCAUACUGAAGACCAACAAUUUCAGUGUAAUGUGUGUGGUAAAGGAUUCCAAUCUUAUCAGAGAUUGAAGGACCACACAAAUGUUCACACUGGUGAGCGUCUGCACAAGUGCACUGUAUGCGAAAAAAACUUCUCGUCUAAUUCGAUACUAAUUCGACACAUGCACAUUCACACAAGCCAGCGUUCGUACAAAUGCAUUGUAUGCGGAAAAGAAUUUGCCAUGAGGUAUUACCUAUCUAAACACAUGUCUAUUCACCAAAGUGAUUACAAACAUAAGUGCGAAGUGUGUGGCAAAGCCUUCUAUAAUGAUGCUAACUUCGCGAGACAUAAACGCAUUCAUAUGAACGAGAAGUUUAAAUGCACCAUUUGCGAGAAUAAUUAUUCCUCUAAGUAUAAUCUCAUCGCACACAUGAAAAUUCAUGUAGAUGAUUACAAGCAUAGGUGUGAUGUGUGCGGCAAAGGAUUCACCUGCAAAUCACUUUUGAAAGACCACAAAAAUAGUCACACAGGUGAACGGCCUUACAAAUGCACUGUCUGUGGAAAAGAUUUUCAUCGUAAAGCAAAACUUUCACAACACAAAAAACUUCACACAAGCGACCGACCGUACAAAUGCACCGUAUGUGGAAAAGGUUUCUCCAUAAGGGUUUACCUAACUAAUCACAUGCGUAUUCACGCGAAUGAUUGUAGGUAUGAGUGUGAUGUGUGUGGCAAAGGAUUCACCUGCGAAUCAGCUUUGAAAGACCACGAAAAUAGUCACACAGAUGAACGGCCUCACAAAUGCACUGUAUGCGGAAAAGAUUUUUAUUGUAAAACAAAACUUUCAGUGCACAUGCAAAUUCAUUCAGGUGAGCGACCGCACAAAUGCACCGUAUGUGGGAAAGAUUUCGCUUUUACGACUAGCCUAUCCAAACACAUGCUUCUUCACACGGAUGAGUAUAAGUGUGAAGUGUGUGGCAAAGGCUUUUAUGAUGGUACUAAACUCGUGAAACACAAACGCAUUCAUACAAACGAAAAGUUUAAAUGCACCAUAUGCGGGAAAGAUUUUACCACGAAGAAUUACCUAAAUGAGCACCUUCUUAGCCAUACGGUAUCAGUGUGAUGUAUGUGGCCAAGGAUUCAAAAUCAGCUUACUUUUGAAAAACCACGACCACAAUGUAAUCGGCAUUACAAACGCAUCGUACACGAAAACAAUCCCUAACAUAUAAAUAAUCUUAAAAACGAACUAUCACAUAGAAACACCAUACGGACGAACAUGGAUGACAAACGCCGUUCUAUUUUAAAGGGUCUCAACCCUGUUCUUUAAGAUGAGCGACCCUUCAAAUGCAUCGUGGACGAUAAAAAAAAAAUACCUGGCUUGAAGCCGCAUGAAUUUUCGCAGUCAUAUAACUUUCUCGGCCACUCGAAAAUGCUGUGUGGAACUUACUGAGAAAGUCAUGCCACUUAUCGCGAAACGACAGUAGUAAUAAAUUGAUCGUGUGAAUAUUUUUUAUUUAUAUAAGAUGUCUAUGUACUUAUCAACAUGAUUGAGGAAUACAUUAUACAUUGAAA